AUGGGAGUGAUGGCGAUUAUCUUGUGGCACUUUCUAGGCCGACCCAGCGCGGACGACGUGAAGGAAUUUGUGGGGGGUAUUGACUUUGGAGACUUUACGGACGUGCUGAAGAACAUUAGUGACUACGACUGGGGUGAUUUGGCCUUUGAAGAAGAUCCCUUUGUGGGAGAUAACACCACCAAUGCCUGGAAGACACAGGGCGCCGGACUGUCGUUGGAGUUGCAGAAUGCAUUGGAUGACAUGUGGCAAUCAGAGUUUGAUAUCGCAGUGGCAGAUUGGCAAGAAUCGGAGGUCCUGACUUUGACUACCAGUCGGGUGGCCGUGGACCAUAGUUGUGGCAGAGUCGACGGUGUCAUGCUCGUUUGCAAUGGAAACUUUGGAGACACCGGUUGGGUGGGUAUCAAUGAAGUGGAAAUUGAAUAUCAACGACAAGAUGGACCUGGUUUUAUCAUUUCCAGUGUUGCCAAGAUGAACGAGUACUACUUGAACAAUGCUGACUUUAAAAAGCGCCGAUACACAAUGUGCCACGAAAUUGGCCAUGGAUUUGGCUUGCCACACACAGACGAGAACCCGCACAACAAGGACUUGGGAAACUGCUUGGACUACACAAGCACCCCCGAAAACAAUCAGCUGCCCGGCGACGCCAACUUUCAGCGCCUGCGGUCAAUAUACAUCCGAGGAGAAGGGGAUGCGCUAGGCGGAGCCAAUGGAAACGCUAAUGGUAAUGCCAACGGAAACGCCAACUCUGGAGGAUCGGUACAACAACAAGAUAGCGUCGUUACAUCCGGCGGAGGCAACAACCGACUCCGAGGUCGACACUUGAGCAGUGAAGUGGUGUCAGAUACAGGUCAUCGCGAAGAUGACGAAGGACAGUAUUACCGUCGUGUCAUUAUAAGACACUAUCUUCCAUUGAUGGAGUAG